AUGAGCAAAGACGUAGAAGAUAUCUCAGAGGAAGCCACCUCGCCAACUCUGGCCGUCCACGUGGAUCACUACGAUGGGUCAGAUUUGGAAAAUUCAAAACUGUUAUAUUUACAAUCACCGACUCCGACCGUAACGCCAUCUGGCCAAAUGCGCAAGGUGAAAAGUUUUACCGAUACUCACCGUAUACGAGAUGUGAAUGCUGCGUCUGGUGCAGCCUCUGCGAGGAGUCUGCGUCCUUAUGAACAUGUGAUCGCUUACCCAGAUGGCUCAGAGUCUAGCACAAACCACUAUGCUCCUUCUGUUCGCUCCCUUGCAUCUAUUGGAAUGGGGUGCACGGAUGGCCGGAAAAUGGUCAUACGUCGCGUCCCAACUUCUCCUACCGAAUUGUUUCAUCUCGUCCGUCCUCCUACGCCACCCGAUGAAGACACCGCGUCACACGACAGUGACUGUGGAGAGGAAGAAGAAGAUGCUGAAACGGUGCACCUGAAGCCGCGAAGACCUUUUUGGGCAAACAAAAUGCAAUUUGUGCUGGCAUGCGUUGGCUAUUCCGUCGGACUUGGCAACGUUUGGCGAUUUCCGUAUUUAUGUUACAAAAGUGGUGGAGGUGCGUUCCUGAUUCCUUACUUCAUAAUACUUCUGGUAUGUGGCGUGCCUAUGCUUUUCAUGGAAUUAGCGAUAGGCCAGUACACAGCCCAUGGCCCCAUCGGCGCGCUCUCUCAAAUAUGUCCAUUGUUGAAAGGGGCCGGACUUGCAAGUGUUGUUAUCUCGUUUUUAAUGUCCACAUAUUACGCAGUGAUCAUCGCAUGGGCUAUUUAUUACUUCUUUACAUCAUUUAAAUCAGAAGUCCCCUGGGCAACGUGCUCCAAUAGAUGGAAUACGCCUUCCUGCUGGAUCCCCAAUCAUAACAUUACAAAACCUAAUGGAUCGCAGACACCCACAGAACAAUUUUUCGAGAAAAAAGUAUUAAGUAUGAGUGACGGUAUUGAGUUUCCGGGGGGUAUGCGGUGGGAGCUGGCAGCUUGUCUGGUGUGUGCUUGGUUGCUCGUCUACUUUGCACUUUGGAAAAGCAUAAAGUCAUCCGCAAAAGUUAGAUACAUAACGACUACUCUGCCGUUCCUACUUAUUAUAGUAUUUCUUGGGAGGUCAUUGACUCUAGAUGGAGCAGAUGAAGGUUUAAGAUUUUUUUUCAAACCAGAUUGGGAAUUAUUGAAACAAUCGCGACCAUGGGUAAAUGCAGCUUCACAAAUUUUCAACUCUAUCGGCAUUGCUUUCGGCUCUAUGAUUAUGUUUGCGUCAUACAAUCGCUUUGACAAUAAUUUUCUCCAUGACACCUUGGCAGUCUCACUGAUCAACGCAGUGACCAGUCUGAUAGUGGGAAUUUUCACAUUCGCAACCAUAGGAAAUAUUGCGACUGAACAAAACACGAGUGUGAAAGACGUCAUUGCAGAUAGUCCUGGGCUUCUUUUUGUCGUUUAUCCACAAGCAAUUGCAAAAAUGCCUGCAUCCCAAUUAUGGGCCGUGUUAUUUUUCUUUAUGUUCCUUUGUCUGGGACUAAAUAGUCAGUUUGCAAUUGUAGAAGUCGUUGUAACAUCAAUUCAAGACGGAUUCCCUGAUAUGAUACGAAGAAAACUGGUUUAUCAUGAGUUAUUAGUCCUUCUUGUUUGUGGAAUUUCAAUGGUCUUCGGUCUACCUCAUAUAAUCCAAAGUGGGAUAUAUCUAUUCCAAUUAAUGGACUACUACGCUGCCUCCCUUACCAUAACAUAUCUUGCAUUUUUCGAAGUAGUGGGGAUAGCAUGGUUUUACGGUGUAGAAAAAUUAUCUCGGAACAUAAAACAAAUGACAGGACAACGACCCUCUUUGUACUUCCGUUUUUGUUGGCUGAUUGCUGCACCAGCGCUAUUACUAGCACUUUGGGUUGCAAGUUUAGUGGACUAUACUCCACCCAGCUACCGACAGUACCAAUAUCCGCUAUGGGCGCAGUUUUUGGGCUGGAUCAUUGCUUCCCUUUCAUUGUUAUGUAUACCAGGAUACGCUCUGGUUGUCAUAGUAAGAUCCCCCGGGAAAUCUAUUAGGGAAAAAGUGCGUAAUGCAAUAAGACCAACGUUUAUGUGCGACUGUGGUGUGAAUGGUUGUGAUAUAUGUUGCUCAGAAUCUGAACCUCCUGAUGAUAAAGCAACAAUCAACUAG